AUGGGUGUCUCCACGCUCCAGGAGCAGCAUGACGUCAUCAUCGACACCAUCAAGAACAUUACCCGCGGCGACUGGAAGGUCCUGGUUCUAGACGAGGGCUCCAAAAAGAUCUUGGACAAUGUCGUCAAAGAAGAUGACAUCCUCAAUCACAACAUCGCCAACAUCGAGCGCAUCGAGCAGAAGCGAGACAUGAACCCUGAAAUGGAUGCCAUCUACAUCCUGUCACCGCAAGAGAACAUUGUCGAAAUCCUUGUCAACGACUUCGAGCGCCGCAGAUAUAAGCAAGCCUACCUCGUAUGGACUGGCGUUUUGGACCCUAGAGUUCGCCGCAUGAUUGACGGCAAUCCGGCGACAAAGUCACGCAUCGCGGGCUUCGAGACACUAUCCAUUGACUUCUUCCCUCGCGAGUCGCACCUGGUCACCUUUAGAGACCCCUGGAGCUUCCCAAUCCUGUACCACCCGGCUUGUAACAACUUAGUCGCUCGUCACAUGAAGAUUCUGGCCCAAAAGAUCACUGGCGUCUGCGUUACACUGGGUGAAUAUCCCAAAGUACGCUACUACAGACCGAAGAACCCCCUCCACGAAGCCGCCGUACUCAGCUCUCAUCUCGCCCGUUUUGUGCAGGAAGAAUUGGACGAAUACGCGCAGUGGAACCCCAAUUUCCCACCACAGUCGACGAGGCCGGCAGGAACACUUAUCAUCACGGACAGAUCUAUGGACAUCCUGGCGCCCUUGGUGCACGAGUUUACCUAUCAGGCCAUGGCUCACGACCUCCUCCCGAUACAAGACGGCGACAAGGUGACGUACCACAUGGUCACCAACGGUGGCACCCCGGAGGAGGAGGAGAAAGACAUGGAACUGUCGGACAAGGAUCCCGUCUGGGUAGACAACCGCCACCGGCACAUGAAGGAUACUAUUGAAAAGCUCAUGUCGGACUUUCGGAAGUUUUUGGCCGACAAUCCGCAUUUCGUCAAUGAGAAUCAAGACACGACAAGUUUGAACGCCAUCAGGGACAUGUUGGCCGGGCUGCCGCAGUUCCAGGAAAUGAAGGAGGCAUACUCGCUUCAUUUGAACAUGGCACAGGAGGCCAUGAACAUAUUUGAGAAGCACAAGCUACCGGACAUCGCUUCUAUCGAGCAAACGCUAGCAACAGGACUGGACGAGGACUUCAAGAAGCCCAAGAAUAUUCUCGAUCAGGUUGUGCGUCUAUUGGAUGACGACGCUGUUUCUCCCUCUGACCGACUACGAUUGAUCAUUCUCUACGUACUCUACCGAGACGGCGUCAUUAUGGAAGACAUCAACCGACUGCUGGCGCAUUCCGGCCUGCCACAAAGGGACGGGGAAGUUGCUGCCAAUCUCGAGAUGUUGGGCGGACGCCCGGUUCGCAACGGUCUGAAAGACGUGCGGCCGCCUCAGCCGCCCCUGUUCCAAAAGAACACCAAAUCUGCGGAAGUCAGUGAGGAAUACUCGCUAUCCCGCUUCGAGACAGCAAUGCAGACAAUGCUCGACGAGCUUAGUCGAGGCACUCUGGACCAGACGACGUUUCCCUAUGUGAAGCCGCCAGCGGACCCCAAUGAGGACCUCUUGGCAUCUCAGCAAGGCUCACUGCGCGCGGGCAGGCCGAACUGGGCGGCAGCAGGUCGACGGCCGCCAGAAAACCGACAGCGUUAUAUUGUAUUCAUGGCCGGCGGCGCAACGUACAGUGAGAGCCGAGCAUGUUACGAGGUUUCGUCCCGUCAAGGCAAAGAUAUCUUCCUGGUGACCAGCCAUAUGCUUACGCCGCAGCUCUACGUCCGUCAAGUCGGCGACCUGGGCAAGGACAAGCGCACGCUGGAUAUCCCCAUGGAGCGACCAACGCCCCGAGCUCCGGCGUGGGUCUACGAGAAACCCGCCCCUCCUCCCAAUCCCAUGGCACAACGGCCUGCACCCGGCAUGGCACCGCCAGGGCAGCCGGUGGGAGGCCCUGGCCGCAGAGCACCGGCGCCGGGUGGACUUCCGAGCCGACCUGUGGCCCCGCCUACGGCCCAGAUGGGCAGCAUGAGCCUCAACACGCCAUCGCCUAUACCGAACGGCGGCGGCGCCUCCCCUGCGCCGUCAGACGGCGGAAAGCCGCACAAGCUCGAAAAGGAUAAGAAGAAGCGUAAUUUCCUAGGCAUGAAGAAGAGUCACAAAGACAAGGACAAGCACUGA